AUGUUGUCGUUGGAAAGAAUAGCCCGACAAGCUUCGUCGCAUGUGGCCAAGCUCACUUUAGCACUGGCAACUAACUUGGAUGACGCCACCUCCAAGAGCUCCGACGCAUCGGCCGGACUGGGCUGGCUACAGCCAAAGCGCGAAGGUGGCGUUUGGUGGCCAGUGUUUGCCCAUGGUCCGGUCCCCCUGAAGUCGAAUUCGACAUCCGGGAUCCUCGAUGACUCGUGCGAAGCGACCGAGACGUCUGUGUAUAGCUUUGGAACGUACAAAUUUGCCAUCCACCCUGUCGUAAGCUUCAAGCCAUGGCGCGGCUUUCAGCCCGUGCGAUCGAACUGGCGGCUCGGACGAUCGUCAAACGUGUAUCGCCAAGCUCUAGCCGAGGUCGAGAGCUUUUUGAAGCAAGCGAAGGCGCCACAACUCAAGGAUGGAUUAGAUGCGAAGGGCGUGGUCGACAUCGACCUGCAUGUACGACUUCGCUCGCUAGCGACCCAGGACCGUAGCGACAACGACGAAGGAGUUGAAGCUGCAUUCGCAGCGCACUCGAUUGUGUGGGCAAAGGUACCUGGGUACCCCUGGCUACCCCAGCCUACGUCCUCGAUGUUUACCAGUACGACUUGUCACGAGGUAAAGCCAUGGCGCGUUCACCACCACUGCUGGGAGGACUAA